CGAGCUGCAUGAUUAUCUGUGUUUGUCCUCUAGAGGUGUGUUGAUGACAAAUCUGCCAACAAAUAUAAGUGACUGUCUGAUGAUAUCUCUGCGGCGGACGAGACCUGACGUUGACUAAACCACACCUAGGAGUUUGGACAGGCCAAAGCCUGGUGUUUGGCUGGGUUUGAAUAUGGCUCUGUCAUUCCUUUUGGUCUUUGCUGCCACUGUGAUUCUUAUCAGACCUGAGACACCUGUAACAAAGGCCUUACAUCAGAACUCCCUUGAGUGCUGUGGUGAGAAACAGAGAGUGAACAAUUCAUGUUCAAAUGACACCCACUGUGAACCAGGCUGCUUCUUACGUGUCCUUGAGAACAGCAAUACUGUUUGCAUAUUCUGUGACUCAGCAGCUGUGGAUCUGGAGAACAUAACAGUCUGCACCUACAACUAUACAGUGGAGCGGAAAAAUCAUACAACUGUAACUACUGUCAUUCCUAAAAUUGGAGGGCCAGGUGUGGCAGCCUCCCUUCUUCUGGGAACACUGCUGAUCAGCCUGUUCCUGAUCCUGUCUGUUGCCUCCUUUUUCUACCUCAAACGCUCCAACCGACUGCCAAGCAUCUUCUACCGCCGCAACAAGGCCUUCAUUUUCCAACCAAGUGAAACAGCUGUCAUGAUCCCCUCCUCAUCAGUGAGGAAGCCAAGAUAUGUGAGAAGGGAGCGGCCCUCUGCGACAUCAACAGUGAAUAGUGCCACCAUACCCACCACAUCCACUACUCAAGUCUAUAAUGUGUAGGAGGAGGGGUGGGAGUGCUGGUGCAGGUAGGAGAGAAAGCUCAGGAAUGAUAUUAGAUUUUCUUAUCAAUCGUGAAGAAAGACCAGUUGACUCAUAUAAAUGUGGCCAAAUUUAACUGUAACUACAGGUGGUGCAUUUUAUUGACACCGCCUUUGACCUGUUCAUAUAUUUGUUCACUUCUUGUUCAUUACGUUUUUCUUUGAAAAUAAGCAGACACAAUUAAAAUGUCCCGGAGAAAUUGUUUCAGUAUUUCUCAGUAAAUUUAAAACAUCACAGGUCGGUUUGUAUUUUCCACCCUCUGAUGCAGCACUGUGGUGAUGUAUAGAUUCAUCAUUCAACGUCAGUCCUUGGAUUUUAAGUCUAAACACUGUCAUCGAGCAGUUUUUGUCUGCUGUAUGACUGUGUGCGUUGGGUUUCAUGAAUAUGUAGACCUGUCUGUUAAAGGAAUAGUUUGACAUUUAGGGAAAUAUGUUUAUUUCCCCUCUAGGUCGACAGUUAGAUGAGAAGAUUGAUAUCACUCUCACCUGUAGCGUCACAUGGAAAAUAUGACGCUACAGCUGCUAGCCGCUUAGCUUUGCAUAAAGACUGGAAAUGAUGGGAAACUACUGUCCUGACUCCAUUCAAAGGUAUUAAAAAAACUUGGCUACCAGCACCUCCAAAGAUCACUAAUAAGGUCAUAACCCCUAUCCUAUGCGGGGUUAUGACCUUAUGUGUCCGUCCGUCUGUCUGUCUGUCCAUCCGUCCGUCCGUCCUUAUUCUUGCGAAUGCUAUAUCUCAGUAACACCAUGGCAGAAUUUCUUCAAAUUUGGCACAAACCAAAGGUCAAGGUAAUAGUGACCUAAUAAAACACGGUUUUGGCCUUGUGAACACAAUAUCUCAGGAGGUCCUCAAGGGAAUCCCUUCAGAUUUGGC